GCAUCCUGGGAAUUAUUUCGAUCACGGGCUUUUGCUACUUAGUUGGAAAUGCAAUUGAUUUUGAAAAGCUCAUUAUCGUUAUUUUGUAGUAGAGUUGUCAUUUUUUUCAUUUAAAUGUAGGUGUCGACAACACAAGCUGUAAUCUAAAAUGACUGAUACCUUUAAAACCACCUUCAAAGUAACAACCGUUAUUAUUGCAUCGCCCUCUCAUGGUUGUUUGGAGAUAUUCCGUUUCUAGGGCCUUUUGUUUGUUCGUAGAGUACAAUACGGUAAAAGCCGGUUGACGUAGUAGUACGCAAUCCUGAGCUCAGACUCUACUAACGAGUUAGUGGGAUAUUUGUCUACUUGCUGCAGACGAAGAGCUAAAGACUAUUGUUUUAUUGGUGUUUGGACUACAGUAAUUGAUUUUCGGAUUGCACGCAAUCUUGUAUUAUGGUUAUAGUUUUCUCUGUGCCUAAGCUGUAGGUGCCACAAGAAAGAAAGACUAAAAUGACAGAUGUAUGACUGUGGUGGAUUAAAUGGCGUCUAAAGUGAAAGAUGCUAUAGUCUGGUAUCAAAAGAAGAUAGGUGCAUAUGAUCAACAGAUAUGGGAGAAAUCCGUGGAACAAAGGGAAAUCAAGGGCCUGCGGAACAAACCAAAGAAAACAGGACAUGUAAAGCCAGAUCUCAUCGAUGUUGACUUAGUAAGAGGUUCUGCAUUUGCAAAAGCCAAACCUGAAAGUCCAUGGACUUCAUUGACCAGAAAAGGACUCGUAAGAGUCAUAUUCUUCCCAUUCUUCUUCAGAUGGUGGAUCCAGGUGACCUCAAAAUUCAUCUUUCUCUGGCUACUGACUCUCUAUCUUUUACAAGCUGCAGCAGUGAUCUUAUUCUACACUAUUCCGCAAUCACAUAACAUCCCUUCCACAGAAGUAUUUGGCACAAUAUGGCUCAUGUUGCUGCUUGGGACUGUGCACUGUCAGAUCGUCUCAACACGGACACCAAAGCCCCCUCCCAUCCUUGGGGGCAAGAGAAGAAGGAAAUUAAGAAAAGCUGCACAUCUUGAGGUACACAGGGAAGGAGAUGGUUCUAGCACAACAGAUAACAUGCAGGAUGGAAUACUACAAAGCUCUGUUACAAGCACAUCUUAUGGCAUUGGCUCCGUGUUCAGAGAUAUUUGGCGUGCCGCUUUCUUUUUGUCAGGAGCUAAAAAGUCGAAGAAAUGGAUAGACAAGUCAACUGAGACUGACAAUGGAUACGUGUCCCUUGAUGGAAAAGUGACUAGUAAAAGUAGUGAAGAUGGGAUCCAAACUCAUGAUCUUCAAUGUGGAACACAGAGGUCAGAAGAGGGCAGCUGGAGUACAGGGACAGGAAGGAACAUGCAGAAUCAUCUGAAAGAAGCUCACAGAGCCAUUGCAAACAUAUCCGAUGAGGUUUCAAGUGAAGAGGAUCCUGAUGCUGGGUACACAGCUCGACGUGCUGAGCGUGCAUCUAGUGAUAGUGCUGUCCGAAACAGAAAGACUCAUCAUUAUAAAAAACACUACCAACAUGAGGAUCAGCAGUGUCAGUCAAGUUCACACAGUGAAAAUGGAGAUUCUGAUUGCGGGUCUGUUUCAUCUACGGAAACUCCUAAAUCUGGCACCAGCUGUAGCUCUCGUUGUUCAAGUUCGAGACAGGACUCUGAGAGCACACGACAUGAAUCAGAAACUGAAGAUAUACUUUGGGAAGACUUGCUUCACUGCGCAGAAUGCCACUCUUCCUGUACUAGUGAAACAGAAGGAGAAAACCCACAGCUCAGCUUGAGUGGGAAAAAAGAAUAUAGAGAUGAUCCUUUCCACCAGGGCCAUUUACCUUGGCUGCACAGCUCAAAUCCUGGAUUAGAAAAAGUGAGUGCUAUAGUAUGGGAGGGCAAUGAAUGCAAGAAAGCUGACAUGUCUGUACUUGAAAUCAGUGGAAUGAUCAUGAACAGAGUAAACAGCUAUCCACCAGGAAUAGGAUACAAGCUGUUUGGGAAUCUCGUAGCACUAGUUCUGGCACUAACACCAUUUGCUUUCAGAUUUUCUGAGUAUAAAGACCUGGAGCAGCUAGCUACACUGCCAGCUUUAGAACUGUGCAUAAUUGCAUUAGGUUCCAAUCCAGACACUUUGGUUAUCGCAAUGGUGGUAGUUAGCUUUUUGGUUCGCAUGUCCCUUAUUUGGAUAUUUUUCUUUUUAUUAUGUGUCGCAGAAAGAACAUAUAAGCAGAGAUUGCUGUUUGCUAAACUUUUUGGCCAUCUAACUUCAGCAAGACGUGCUCGCAAGUCAGAAGUGCCUCAUUUCCGUUUAAAGAAAGUGCAGAAUAUUAAAAUGUGGCUGUCUCUUCGAUCCUAUCUCAAGCGGAGGGGUCCACAGAGGUCUGUUGAUGUGAUCAUAUCAUCUGCAUUCUUACUGACUAUCUCUGUUGUGUUUAUCUGCUGUGCACAGCUACUUCAUGUGCAUGAGACCUUUUUAGACUAUCACUACAACUGGGAACUGGUGAUCUGGUGCGUGUCCCUGACACUUUUUCUGUUACGAUUCAUCACACUAGGAUCAGAAACCAAUAAGAAAUACAGCAAUACCUCAAUAUUACUCACAGAACAGAUCAAUUUAUACUUGAAAAUGGAGAAGAAACCUAAUAAAAAGGAAGAACUGAACUUGGUGAACAAUGUACUGAAACUCGCAACUAAAUUACUGAAGGAGUUGGACACUCCAUUCAGACUAUAUGGGCUAACAAUGAACCCACUGCUCUAUAAUAUUACUCAAGUGGUCAUUUUAUCAGCAGUUUCUGGUGUCAUCAGCGAUCUCUUAGGAUUUAAUUUAAAGCUUUGGAAGAUCAAAUCAUGAUGCUGUAAAAGUGGAAGUACUACAGGAGAGUUCCAUCGGAACCGAGACACUGACUGAUGAGAAAAACUGACUCAGAACAAUGACUGUUUCUGCAUUUCAGUAGCCGUGGCCUCUCACUGGGCAUAGUUUGAAAACAGAUGAAGUGCUUACAAACAACUAAGAUAGUCGUGCAAUUCUGAUAUUUAUUUUACCUUUUCAGUGUUUAUACAGUUUUUGCACUCAGUCUAACUAUUAAGCUAUUUUAUGUACAAGUAUUAACUUAGACUUCAGGAAGUGUGCUAAAGCUGAUGUCAGUAUACCAAGCUACUUGUAAGCAAGUGGAUAAGGUUGACUUUUAGUUUACGUGGUGCUACUUGUCAGCAGAGACAGUGGCAGAUCAAAGGGUUUUGAAAAAUGUAGCAUAUAGUACAGGUACAGAGGGAUAGUUUUAGUCCCUUAAAGGGAUAUGUGUAAAAUUUCCUCAGGCCCAGAGACUAAAAAAUUAAUUUGUUGAUCAGAAUAGGGAUCUAAGUAUCCAAUGAACACAAAGCAUAUCUAUCUGCUUUUUAUAAAUGUUUUACGUGUGCUUAUUUAUAAGGAGAUGCAGCACUGUUUACAUACAGAUAAAAAAAAUGCUGAACUCUCUUCUCUUUCCUGCUUAUAUCUUGUGCAAAAAAAUCAUUUGAGAACCUAAACAGAGUUAUGUUUUCUGUUUAAAUAACAGAAAGCUAUAUAAACCAUGUUAUAAAGUUUUCCAGCCCUCCAUUGAAAUGGACAUUGUAUCUCCUUUUAGCAUUUGCACAACUUCUAUCAUUUACUGAUUUUUCUGGUUUAUGCAUGCUUUUAAACUAGACUAGGUAUAAGCAUGUGAAGUAUUCUGACUUUUUUUUUUUUUUUGUUCAUCAGUUACUUUGUGUUAGCAGAUGAUUUGUGCUUGUUCAGGGCAUGGGAGCCUUGACAUGGUGUGCCUUUUCUGUGGACCAGUUUUCCUAUAAGACUGACUGAAUUUACUUUGCCCUUCAAGCAAAAUAAGCAUAUGUUGCAUACAAGUAUAUAGGGCUUAAAGCAGUUUAGUUACCUUGGACAAAAGUAUUGCGACUUGCUCAUAAUUCAUUUUCCCUGUAUGUUUGCAGAGUGCAAAGUAUCAGUGUCUUUCUUUGGAUUCAUCUUUUGAAACACUCCUGAAGUCAUUUAUGUUACAUCCAGUGCAUUUGGCUACUGGACAGUGCAGCAUUACCAAUAAUGCAUGUGUAAAAGUAAAAGCCAAACAGUUCUUGCGGCAAUACUCUUUAAAGUGACGCUGAGAUGGAAACGAAAAUGGCUUUGACUUUACAUUAGGUCAAGAAAUAUUUGAUGGUGACACUCAUUAGAGCAAUAAUUGUUGUACAUUGCUACCAUGAUAUAAAGUAUUUUGAUAGAAAUAAUGUACUGAACUUGUAUUUAUUGAAACACUGGGCUGUGGAAGUGCACCAGCUAUUUAUGCUUAAUGCACACAUUUUAUAUGCCGAAUUUUAAUGUUCCCUUUAAAGUAACAGUGCUUUCAUUUUUCAUGUCUACUUUGCUUGUUAUUAAGAUUGUUUAUUAAUGACCAAAGUACGUUCUUUUUAUUUUUUUUUUUAAUUUCAAUAGCUUUAAGAAUGUUGUUACUGUUUACAGUUUGAAAGCCCUGUUACAGGACAGUUUGACUGUAUUUCAUUUGUACCAUAUUUGGGGAGAUGACUUUUUUUUUUUACUUAACUGAAUAAAAGUUUUGGUCAAUGUAUAUAUCAGAGACAUGGUGUCAGUUAUAUGAAAAAUUGAAAUAUUUAGCAUUUUGUAGAAUAAGCAGUCUUUGAGUUGCUGUAAGCUCAUAAUAUCAUAGACAUUCUUCCAGAAUGAAAUAUUUUUAAGGAGUUCUGUUUGUGUUAAAGAGUCUGACUUUUACUGCCAGAUGUAAAUUCAGAAUAUAACUUUAGUCAUAAAAAUUGAUACUUUGUAUCAUUCAGAUGUGGAGCAGUUCUGCUAUCGUUAAAGUAACUUCAGAGUGCAGGGCAGUUAUUAAAAAAAGGGGGAGGGGUUUGAAUUUGAUGGUGGUGGUAUAACUUUGGCUAGAGGUGGCCCUACUUAACAUAUUUGUUCUUGUGUUUCUCCAUAUAGCAUAUCAGUAAUGUAUGGUAAUGAUGUGGGUUACACUGGUAUUUACUCAAAAUUUCUGGAAUACACAGAAGUGGGUAAAUCCUAGUGUGACCUAUUGCGUGACCGUGUAGUAUUGCAGUUAUACAAUGGCAUAACUAGCUGUCAACUAAAAAAGGACCCAUUGACGGCUUGUAUCUCAUUCUCUUAUGUACGUUUCAAGUUUCAGCAUAAACUAGCCUGUGCUGCCAUUUUGUGAUUGUCAUUAUUCUUAUUUUGUCAAGGUUUGCUGUUACUGCUGAUUUGGUUAUUUGUUAUGCGCCACGGUUUGAUUUAACACAGUAGUGGUGAAUUCAUAUAUUUGUUUACAUUUGAAGGUGACAACAUUAUGUAUGUUUUCCUUAUCUUUUCUUUUUAAUUUGGGCAAAGUAAAUGACUGAGUUUGUCUUUUUCUAUAGUUGUACUAGGUUUGGUUGUCUGUCAGCUUAGGCAGCUUGAGGUCUUGAGAAAAACAAGUGAGUUGCAUGCCUUCUGACUUCAUUUUUUUUAGAAGCGAUGUUACAGUCUGCUUUCAAGGGAGAUCUGUUGUUAUGGAGUAAUUUUUUUGUUCUUUUUAUAAUUCAAAAGUGUCCUUGGUCAUUUUCUUGCUCAGUGAAGGAGGGCAAACAAAAGCUAUUUUCGUCACUAAGUGGCAUUGUAUUUUCAGCAUUUUGCUUUCCUGGUGUUUUAUUCUACAUAUGUGGCGUGUAUUCCUGCAGAAUUGUGCUGGGCUGUUCAUAUUGUCUUUGCUGUGCUAAUUCUGCAUGAGAUAUUUAAGUUUACUCAGCCAGAAUUAUACUAGGGGUUGUCUUGAGUUGUUCAUAUGUUUUGUGAGUUAUUGUAAUAUAUUCCAAUGGCAGUUUAGUAUUCAAGCUAGUCACAUGGCUUUAUUUUGUGAAAUAUCCCUGGCCAUUGUAUAAUAGAGAAUACCAACGGUUCAAAAAAGUUGGUUAAAAGAAGAGUCUUGAUGAAGAGAGAUUUUGAAGUGUUCAUUUUGUCUUGUUUUCUAAUUGCAGAAUGUAACUAUCAUUCUUCAAAUAAACUGUUUUGUGGCUGACCCCUA